AUGAAUGUCUGUUUGACUGAUCAUUAUGGAAAGUCUUUUAUUAUUCAACUUGCAUGGAAUUUUGAUCACGAAGAUUUUCGAACUAUCGUUCAAAAAUAUUUCAGUGGAACUCAUAUGUAUCGAUUUAUUGUUCAAGGUCAUGAAUUAGACAUCUAUAAUGAAUAUAUAUUUAAUCGUCAAAAAAGCUUAUUCAAAAAUGGCAUAAAUGUUAUGGUUACACGACGAAUGCUAGGUGGUGGUUAUGUUGAAAUGCAAAUAUUAACUGGCAUUAUUCUUUCUGAUCUCGAACAGCAAUUAUUGAAAAUUCCAACAGUUUACUAUGAAGAUAAACCAUGUCAAGUAUGUCGUGAGCACCCGAAUUGUUUUCAACUUUGCUGUUCUCGCAUUUGUCAAAGUUGUUUUGUUAGCUAUUUUGAAUCAUCAUCUUUUCGCUUAAAAUGUAUGAUAUGUCGACGUGAUAUAGAUCCCAAAUUGUUCUUUAUCUCAAACGACUUUAUUUGUUCGCUCGAAUCAUUAGAUGAAAUACGUGAUUUAAUGAAAUGUAUUGAUUGCCAAAUAUGCCAUUGUGGUUUACUUGUCGUCAACGAAACACUAUAUGCUAAACAAACUUGUCAACAAUGUAAACGAACGUUUUGUUUCUUUUGUAACAAAGAUUGGGAUGAUGGAUUACAAAAAAAACAUAACGAUUUGUACACAUGCCAUGUUAAUUGUGAUUAUGAAACUAGACUCUCAUACGAAUUGGUACCAUUACAGUCAAAUCUAUCAGUAAUGGUACCUAAUCGACGCUUUUGUCCUUUUUGCUUCACAUUUGGUAGUUACGAUGACAAAUGUAAAUAUCACAUGUGUCCUUCUUGUUCUCGUUCAUUUUGUUUCAUUUGCCUGGAAGAAGAAACUUUAUGUAAAAGCAAAUACGGAUCCAACUAUCAACAUAAAUGUACAGAUUUCAAAAAGCAACAUUUCGAUGACUUUCCGACAAUAGCAAAACAUUAA